AGAGGAUAAAAGUAAAAAAGGAAGUAUUUAUUGUAUAUUUAGGGAAUUCAAAUGAUAAGUAGUUGUUGGUGAAUGUAGUUUCGUCCAGUACUGUACAUUUUGUGAUUGUAGGAUGCUAAUAUUAACAUGUUGUUGUAGAUAUGAUUGGGGAAAUUUUGGAGUGAAGUAAAUUUACCGUCGAAGUCACAAACAAGUUAACGCUUUCGGAGAAGGGGGCGGGGUUAGCAUCAGACCGAACGGUCCACACCAACGCAGUGACAAGUGGUGUUGACAACAAUGCUGUCAACAGUUGUGAGAAUAAAAGAUCACAACAAGUUGGGAUUUGAGAACAUUAAUUUGGACAACAUUUCUGCCCCAAAAUAAUAUUUCCUAUUGAUGAGCUGUAAAUCUUAAGGAAUGUUGCAAUCAUUGAUGGCAACAUGUUGGUAACAGUGGUGUUGUCUCCCUGCAGUUGGCAACAUUUCACCAGUUGACUCACACUAACAGAACAAGGGAGAUGUUCUCUGUCUCCAAGCUUCAUUAAUUUGAUUAUUGUGUGCAUUUAGCUGUAAUUACGUAAUGGAAUGGAUGAAAGAAAAUGUCCUUCUCUUAAUAGAGCUUUAUCGCUCCCACCCAAUAUUAUGGGACCCAAAGAACAUUAACUAUAAAGACAAAAUAAAGAAGAAUGAAGCGUGGAGGGAAAUAGCAGCUAUAAUGAAAGUGGAGAGGGUAGAAGUUGAAAAGAAGACGAAAAUCGUGGUGGCCCAGUUUCAGAGAGAAAUGAGAAAGACCCUGGAAAAGAAACCUGAUGGAACAGAGGGAAAUUAUACAUCAAAAUGGUUCGCCUUCAGAAGUUUGUUUUUCUUAUUGAACAACAAGGAAACACCUCAUCGUAGUUGUGAAGCUGAAAUACAGUUUGAGGCUUAUGAAACACCCGUAGAAUAUAAAAAUACACACGUAAUAGAAGAGGAUUGGAAUCACAAAGAACAACUCAGAGAACAGCCGUCACCCCACUCUGUAGUCAGUGUUUGUGAGAAAGAUGCUGAGAAUUACGUCUAUACCUCCACCACUGAAACGAAAUUCGGGAAACAAAACUUAAAAAGGAGACGGGAUUCGAUGACUGAGGAGGCUUAUCAGGUUAUGAAGCCAAUGCAACAGCGGUGUAGAGAAAAGGAUGAAUUUCAAAUCUUCGGAGAACUCAUUGCCUGCAAACUUAGAAAACUUAGUACACAAUAUGCGAGGUCUACAGUUGAACAUCACAUUAAUAACAUUAUUUACCAAGCUGAAUUGGGGCAUUAUGAUAACCCUCCUGAAUAUCCAACCCAGCAGGCUCAGAAACUCACAGCUGGAGAACGGGAAACGAAACUGAAACCUUUGCUGGAUGACAACUGGACGAUGGUAGAUGGUCGUGAUGCUAUGAAGAAAACGUUCCUUUUUAAAGAUUUCAAUGAGGCCUGGGGUUGGAUGAGCUGUGUGGCACUAAGGGGAGAGAAGAUUGACCACCAUCCUGAAUGGUUCAAUGUCUACAACAAAGUAGAGGUGACUUGGUCUACUCACGACUGUGGUGGACUGUCUGCCAAGGAUAUCGUGAUGGCUAAGUUCUGUGACGACACCUCCAAGUAGUUCAGCAAGUGAGGGGUGAGAAGGAAGGAAGGAAGUCUGGGAUUUUGGCAAGAUUAGGAACCCCAGUUUAUUUCACUUGAUGAUUGAUUAAACAGCCUAAUGCUAACCUAACCUAACCAAACCUUACCUGAUCUAACCUUACCCCCCAUUAAAACACCCUAAUGCUAACUUAACCUACCUUAACCCUACAUAAUCCCCCCCCCCCCUCCCCAUUUACCACUAGUACACUGUUUAAUCAUUAGCUGAAACAAAUUGGGAUUCCUAAUAUUCACAAGAUCCAUAGUUUGUCAAAUGAAUAAGUUGGAUAUGUUGACGACGAAGGGAAUUCUAAAAUGUUAGGAAUCAUUGUAAACAGAAGAGUAAAUAUUAUUCAUAAAAUCGAAGGAAUCGAGAUAGAAUUACAGUAUAUUACUACAACUGUAUUUUUUUUUUGUAUUUAGUUUUGUAUAAGAUGUAGAUGUAUAUUUUGACAGUAGCUACAGUAUCAUAUCUUUAUGAGUGUACAAUAAUCUGAACAUAACCAGUGUCAGAAUGUGAAGUGGUAUUGUUAUUGAAGUUGAUUUAGUAGACGUGUUUAUUCUUUUGUACUUGUUGAUGAUUUUUUUUUUACGGUUAACCUUAAAAUUACUGUUAUACUUCUUAAUAAUUUUACAAUGAAUAAUGGGCUUUGAUAUUAUUUACAAGAUGACAAUUCACACUUUUUUUCCUCACUAUAUCAAGAUAAUUUAAUCCAUUUCCUAGAUAGAACACUGUAACUAUUCUCUACAUAUACUGCACUGUACCAUUACCACACUCAUCAUAGAAAUAAAAACACAAAAAUAUCGAUGACCUGAAUCACAUGUUGGUAAAUUGGAUCUUGAAAAAACACAAUAGCUUAUUAACUAUCCAUAGUAUUGUUGAUAUUUAAUUGAACUAUUUCAGGCCAGGUAUAUAUCAUGAUCUAAUUGGUGUAAUCAAUAUCAGGAUACAUUAUGUACGUUGGUAUGGGGCUUCCAGAUUCAUUUAGCAUGUUGAAUGUAUCUUGUGUGAUGUAAUGGUAAUGUACGGUGCUGUGAAUAUCUGGUUAUUUGUUUCUGGCUAAAAUAAACAAAAGUUACCACCAUCUUA